UAAAUCUCACGAAAAGACCAAGAGAGAGGUUUUCUGCAGCUUCUUCGUACCGGGAAAUGACGACGUCGUUCUCGCUAUCCUUCCUAUCCUCACUCCUUCCAUCUCCUCUACCCGACUCCUCCUCCGGCGCCGGCGCCACCAGGAUUGCCACUGCCAGGCAUCAGCCGUUCUUUAUCCGAUGCGCUACUUCUUCUUCUUCUUCUGCGGUGGCUUCGCCGAAGAAAAGGCAUUGGAAGCAAGGGGAAUUCCCAGCAGUUAUUGAAACUUCAGACUCCGACAAGAGAAGAACUCCCAUCAAGAACAUAAAGAAGAAAUUGAAUAAAAGGAGCAAAGCCAAGGCAUGGGCCAACACUGUCACUGAAGAGCUCUCCGACUGCAUCCACAAUAAGCAGUGGUUCCAAGCUCUUCAGGUUUUUGAGAUGCUAAGGGAGCAACCUUUUUAUCAACCAAAGCAAGGAGCAUACAUGAGGCUUCUCGUUCUUCUUGGACGAUGUGGGCAGCCAAGUCAAGCUCAGAAACUAUUUAACACAAUGGUUGAAGAGGGGUUGGAACCCACAGCAGAGCUCUACACGGCCUUGGUUGGUGCAUACUGUAGAAGCAAUCUGAUUGACAAGGGGCUUGCGGUUCUUCAAGAGAUGACUGCACUGCCUCUUUGUCAACCUGAUGUUCAUACAUAUAGUAUAUUGAUAAAGGCCUGUGUUGAUGGUUCUCGGUUUGAUCUGGUUGAGUCCCUUUAUCGAGAAAUGGAUGAACGUUCCAUAACUCCAAAUACAGUCACUCAAAACAUAGUCUUGAGUGGUUAUGGAAAGGCAGGGAGAUAUGAAGAGAUGGAGAAGGUGCUCUUGGGGAUGCUUGAGAGUGAAACAUGCAGACCUGAUAUAUGGACCAUGAAUAUCAUCCUGAGCUUAUUUGGCAACAAGGGCCAGAUUGAAAUGAUGGAGAAGUGGUAUGAAAAGUUUCGCGAUUUUGGGAUUGAUCCAGAGACGCGAACAUUCAAUAUUCUUAUUGGCUCUUAUGGGAAAAAGAGGAUGUAUGAUAAGAUGUCAUCAGUGAUGGAGUACAUGCGUAAACUUUCAUUCCCCUGGACAACAUCAACCUACAACAAUGUAAUCGAGGCUUUUGCUGAUGUGGGUGAUGCAAAGAACAUGGAGUACACCUUUGAUCAAAUGCGUACUGAGGGGAUGAAAACCGACACCAAGACCUUCUGCUGUCUCAUUAGAGGGUAUGCAAAUGGUGGUCUUUUUCAUAAGGUAAUUAGCACUGUUCAGUUGGCUGGGAAAUCGGAAAUCCCUGAAAACACGUCCUUCUACAAUGCUGUUCUAUACGCUUGUGCAAAGGCAGAGGAUAUAAUGGAGAUGGAGAGAGUUUUCAAGAGAAUGAAAGACAAACAAUGCCAACUCGAUUCCAUAACAUACUCUACCAUGAUUGAUGUAUACAGAAAAGAGGGUAUGACAGAUAAGAUCUAUGAAUUGGAGCAGGAAAUGCAGAUGAUAGUUGCUCCUAGUUCUACUGGCAACGAGUCUGAAGAAGCAGAGAGUAUUGCUAAUGUAGAACUGUGAAGUCAUUUCCUUCAGUUGCCACCCAAGUUUUGUACAGAAGCAUUCAAGAUGUUAUUGGCUUUCUUUGUCUUUGAGUUGGAGGGAGGGGUUUUAUCCAAGAAAGAGCUAAUAGCAAGGUGGACUACAGGACCCCUGAAGCGAUGAACAUGGCUAACUUGCAGACUUUCUUGUGAGUUGCAGAAGAUUGGUUUUCUGGUCUGUGUUCAUAUGAUGCCAUGAUUAAUCACAGUUUAGUUUGGAAAGUUGCAGCUUAGUUGCUAGAUAUGUAGAUAAUGCAUUCCUGCGUUUAGCUCAUUUCUAGGCAUUUUUGGAGCUUUAAAGUCCCCAUUUAUGUUCUUUAUGUAUUUAAUGCACAGUUCCUUGUGUUUACAUUUUAUGAUGCAUUCAACUCUGAGGAACAAGCUUCAUAGACGUCUUCAUUUUCAUUAUUAUUAUUAUUGUUGUUGUUGUU